AUUCGGGACUAUUCGCUGUUCGCUAUUCGCGACUAUUCGCUAUUCUCUAUUCGGGUUUUCCAGACACCCCUUUCCCGACCGUGUUAAAUUUCGCCCUGGGGAAUUGCUUGGCUGCUAAGUACACAGUUUGAAGAAUCUCUCAAAGUCCAAGUUUGGGAGAAGGCUGUUACGCAAAGGGUAACAGUAUAUGUGGCGACAUUACAUUACAUUAGCAAAAUUUUGAGGUAGGACUCCAUCUGGGCUACAGAUUUUGCAGCAGAUAAUUCCACUCACACAAGAAUUUCAUUUUCGAUCGAGCGUUCGAAAGUGAUAUACGACAUGUCCGAGCCGCAAGCACUCUUCUAUUUUGUCGCUUCAGCACUUCUUUUACUUCCAUCACAAAUACACUCACUUCAUUCUGGAGACUUCAAAGUGCUGAUCUCAAGCAGUGGCUCAACAAAACUAGGAGAAAUAACAGCGUUUGACGCUGAAGUUGUACUGAAUUCGAAGCCUAAAACGCGAACAAGACAUGCUUCAAAUGAAAAUAUAACCUACGAAUUCUUCUGGAAAGUACCUUCCGGGCCGUGGAUAAAGCACAGUCAGUCUACGCAUAGAUGGGAUAGCUUUUGCUGGCGAUGGAGCAGUGGUGGACAGAAAACAGUUUCUGUUUAUGUGCGGAUUCUUGUUUGGAGUUAUCCAGAUUCCACGGAUGAACGAAGAUACCACAAUGGCUACAACUCCUACUACGCAAUGAACCGUACAGAUGUUACAGUUACUGGAUCCGACGAUGACAUUAUACCGGUAAUUGCAGUUUUGGAUGCCCACCAGGAUUCUCCAGAAAACAAAAAUGGAAGCAACACAGACCAUGAGACUUUUGUCGCAGGAAUGGUGCACUUGAAAAUUAUCAUUAAGAAACCUCAAGAUUUAGAUCUUGAAGGGAUAACAUUCGACUGGUGUUUUGGAGAUGGCUCACAGUUGCAUAAUUCACAACUUCAAAAUGUGACUCAUAAUUUUACUACCGUCAGAUCUUGUACCAUCAAUGUUACUAUCCAUGGAAUGAGCCUACGCAGAUUCUAUUUUGGAACUGCCAAUAAAACAUUAGAAUUUACAGCCAAUAUUACACCCUAUUUGGAAAUUAAGAGUUCUACUGGACCUAAGCUUCCGUCUGGUCAUGCAAAUGCAGUAGCCAAGAACAGUCCAGUUACAUUUGAGGUGAAAUUUAAGGAUCCAUUUGAGGUGAUAACUGGGGUAUCUAUUGACUGGAAAUUUGGCAAUGGUACUUUGGUGAGACGCAGGAAAAACACAACAAUUGUCCAUGCAUAUGAUAAAGAAGGAAGCCAUAAGUUGUGGGUGACUAUCAGGGUAGAUACCAAAUAUUUUGAAAAAACGCCCAAGUUAGACCCAAUUAUCAAGACUCUGUAUGUAAAAGAACGUGUAUUUCUUGCGGUGCAGCACAAACCUUUGCUGCAAGAUAAAAUGGUUGUAUUCAACAUCUCUUGUAAUGGAAGCCUUCCUGUAUCCUUUCAAUGGUGUGUUUCAAAACAGUGCAACCUGCCACCUGGAGAUAUUUGCAGUCCUACCAUGGAGCACAAAAACUCUUGUAGCUUGAUAGUAAAUCACAUGUUUCACGAUUUUGGCAAGUAUUGUGUCCAUGUUGGGGUAAUGAAUGACGUCAGUGGCACAAACACAUCUCUCAUGGUAAAAAUCCCAGGUGAUCCGAGACCUAAGCACAGCACUGGCAAAAUUUCAGCUGGAACGCUUGUUUCCCUCUUUGUUGCCGUCCUCUUGCUAAUAACUGUUGUGGUAAUAGUUGUGCGGAAAUGGAUUUAUACUGGGAGAGAAAAGACAGAAAGGGCUGACUUUGAUUUCAGAGAUGAAGAUACUGCAAGUUUGUCCUCUGUUGAUUUGUAUGGCAAACACUCUUGUUUUCCAAGGUGUGGGGUGUGGGGCUCUUGUACAAGGCAAGAAUGUGUUCCACUUCGAAAUCAAGCUGGAGAUUACAAACCGUAUACACUAUAACCUCUUCACUGGUUUUAAAGUGCCUUUACUGUGGAUAGUUAGCAGUGAAAGGUCUUUUUUUAAAAGUGUUUUUUAAAAAGUUAUUUUAAAUCAUGAUUGAAUGUUGCAAUCCCUCAAGGAUACCAAGUAACUGCUAAGUCUUGAAUUUAGAACAUCUAUACAGUUUUGUUAGUACAUGUCAAUCAUAAAAGUGACAAAAAUGAUCAUGAACUUUGCAAGAAUGCAUAAAAGUACAAUGUAGAAGAUAAAUUAGUCUAUUUAUUAAUAUAUUUUGUGCCAUAUAUUCUACAGAGUUAACAUCAACAUUAGAGUCAGAGCAUUGAAAGUUUUAUAAAUAUUUGUAAAAAGAAAAUAAGGUAAAUAAAGAGGGCAAGUAAUAAACAAAACUAGUUGUGUAAGCUGUUUGAGAUUGCUUGUAAUAAUGUUAUCACCUUCCUCAUCAUCACUGGUCCUUGUUACAGCAUGUGAAAAGGAUGAACCAUGCGCUUCUUUUUGGGCCCCUCUCCAACAUUGGAGUGAUCAUCUUCACAGGAUAAA